AUGAUUUCAGCGGGUAGACUUGGCCCAUCAGCUUUUGACUCGGUAUUUGGUGAAAAGCCAGUUGAAAAUACAUAUUUCCCAAAUACUAUUGAGGCAGUGUCUACUGCUUGGAAUAUUCUUGCUCAGUGGAUAACUCCCAAACCAGAUCUUCAAGAACCAUCGCAGGAGGUAUUGGCAGCUUCAGAAUAUCUUCCUGAAUUCGAGUCACAGCUUAUGGAAUACUAUGAGGAUUCGAUAAGAAAACACUUUGCUGAGCAUUCGUCAUUUGUGGUACUCAAUUCGACACCAGCAUCACCUGAAGAAGACAGUCGCGAAAUAACUCGGGUAGCGGGUACUUUGAAAGAUGCACAAUUUCACUAUUCAUAUCCACUUAGCAUACUUCAGUUCUCGGCUUUUGCUAGAGAAUCUUUCGAUAGAACGUUCAAAUCAUUGGUGAGGGAAUAUAUUCCAUAUCAUGUUUUACGAGUAAAGCUAUUGAAUUUUUUCCAGCAAAACCACGUCGUUGAUCAGUUGGAAGUAGCUCAAGCUGUCUAUGAGACAUUCGUGCGAUGUGGGUUAAUAGAUGAGUCGGAAAUGAUUCUUGCCGAGGCAGCAAUGCGAGAAGUCAAAUUCAGUUGUCGAGAACUUUACCAGGGUCAAUGGGAGGAGAGUGUUCUCGAGGCAUUUCGGGACUACAUCAGAUACAGGUUCGUGCCUUCACUAAAGCUACUGCUAUUGAAGGGACGGGAGAAUGAGAUGAAAGAUAUACAACAACAAGAUGAACAAGAACCUGAGUUGCUAAAUUUCACAAGCUCUAGUUUGAUAUCUAUCACUGAAGAUGUAUUAUGUGAGCUGAGAACCGAGGAGAUAUUCGACAUCAUAGUCAAGUUUCCAAACUCUCGACCAGCUUUAAACGAUUUAAAAGGGUGUCUGAAAAAGCCAGCUCAAAGAGCCUCGAUAGUUAGCACUUUUCAAAAAUCAUGUCAAAAAAGAUUACUUCAGGGCAGUGUUAACACUGUAGACAUCAUAUCAGCAUACAUUUCUACGGUUGAAGCGUUUUCUGUCCUUGAUCCAAAAGGAGUUUUACUAGAAAAAGUUUCCCGGCCUAUUAGAAGGUAUCUCAAGGACCGAGAUGAUACUAUUAGCGUGCUGGUUGGUGGAAUGCUGCGCAGUGAAGGCUCUGAACUGGAAUUCUUGUCAGAUAUUCUUGCCAACACUAAUAAGGGUGACAAAGAUAUGGAGACAGUUGAUGACUUGUUAGAUGCCGAUUGGUAUCCAGAUCCGAUAGAUGCUCCACCAGACUUUAUGCGAAACUCCAACUCAGACAUGCUGGAUAGUCUCAUUUCCCUCUAUGAAAACAAGGAGGUAUUUGUUAAAGAAAUCGUUGGCAUCUUUGCAGACCGAAUGCUGUCUAAUAGAAAUUCAGUGGAUGAAGUGAUAGCUAAUGUGCAGUUGCUGAAGUUAAGGUUUGGCGAUAGAGAAUUACAGAACCUUGAUGUCAUGAUCAGAGACAUGCUGGAGAGUCAGAAGAUAGAGACAGCAGUACAUGAACUGGAAACUGGAACCGCAGAUGAUGAACAGUUCCACGCAACAAUUCUGUCACGAUUAUUCUGGCCUUCAUUCAAGACACAUGAAAUCAACUUGCCCCCGGCAAUCGAAGAGCAAUUGAAACAAUUUUCCGGUUCUUAUAGUCAAGUCAAGAAAAACCGAAACCUUCAAUGGUUACGAAACUUGGGUCAAGUAACCAUCCAACUCGACUUUGAAGACCGAGUACGAAGUUACGAUGUAACGGCAUCACAAGCCGCUGCUAUCUCUGUUUUUGAAAGUGGCCAACACACUAUUGAGCAAUUUAUGGCUGCCCUGGGCAUUAUGGAGGAAUCAUUCGCAUCAUCACUCCUUUCAUUCUGGGUUCACAAGGGAGUUUUAGUCAAAGAAAAUGGCCAGUACAGAGCCCUAGAGAGAUUAGAAGGAGACCAAGAAUCAGCUGGAGUUGACGAAGUGACAGUCUCAUCUGUUCAAUCUGCUGAGGAGCGUGCUAACGAGGAAAUGAAAGUGUACUGGUCCUAUAUCAUGGGUAUGCUUACUAACCUUGGAGCGACACCCAUCGCCCGAAUCCACUCGUUCCUCAAAGUGCUUGUUCCCGCCGAAAUCAACUACACGAAAUCCGAAGACGAGCUGGAACGUUAUCUCACCCUCAAAGUCGACGAGGGCGAGCUGGAUUUCAUCGGCGGCAACUACAAACUUAAAAGUUCGUAG